CGCCCCACCCCCACCCCCAGGCACCUGCGGAAGGGUGGGAGGCACAGACAGAGAGCCUUGCAGAGGUGAAGGGACAGCCUUGGCCUGGAGCUCUGGCACGCGGACAGGUCGCAGCAGGGCCACUAUGAGCCUAGUAGCCUGUGAGUGUCCACCAGGCCCAGGCCUGGAGCCAGAGCCUUGUUCACGGGCACGGUCCCAGGCCUGCAUGUACCUGGAGCAGAUUCGUCACUGGGUAGCUGCAGGGACGGCUGACAUGACCAAGCGUGACUACCUGGUAGACGCGGCGACACAGAUCCACCUGGCGCUGGAGCGAGACGUCAGCGAGGAUUACGAGGCUGCCUUCAACUACUACCAGAAUGGUGUGGACGUGCUGCUCCGCGGUGUGCAUGUUGACCCCAACAAGGAGAGGUGUGAAGCCGUAAAACUGAAAAUUACCAAGUACCUACGGAGGGCAGAGGAGAUCUUCAACUGCCACCUGCAGCGGACACUGGGCAGUGGAACCAGUCCCAACACGGGUUUCAGCAGCUUGAGGCUGCGGCCCAUCCGCACCCUGAGCUCUGCUCUGGAGCAGCUGAAGGGAUGCAGGGUUGUUGGGAUCAUCAAGAAGGUGCAGGUGGUCCAGGACCCAGCAACCGGAGGAACCUUUGUCGUGAAGAGCCUUCCCAGGUGUCACAUGGUGAGCCGGGAGCGGCUGACCAUCAUCCCACACGGCGUCCCCUUCAUGACAAAAUUGUUGCGAUACUUCGUGAGCGAGGACUCCAUCUUCCUGCACCUGGAGCACGUGCAAGGAGGCACCCUUUGGUCACAUCUACUCUCCCAGGACCACUUUCAACACUCGGGGCUCAAGUCUGGCUCUGCCCAGGAGAAGUGCAAAGUCCAACUCAGCACUGGCCACAACCUUACGACCCCAGCAAAGCUCCCACCAGGCCACACCUUGAGGCAGGACAGAACCCCAGUGGAGCCUCCGUGGACUUCCCAGAGCCUUCCCCCAGCCCUCCAGCUUCAGAAAGAGGCUGACGGUGAACCUGCACCCAGGACCAGUAUUGUCUACUCUUCAGACCUCACAGAGGCCCCGUGUGGCCACUUGCACAGUCAAGUCAGGCGAGCUGGCCAGAGUUCGAACCCAGCACCCAGUCAAAGGCUCCACUGGGUACGAGAAGGGGCUGACCGGGUGCUAGGGGCCUAUGGCCGAGGCAGGGCUCAGAACCCCCCAUCAGCAAACAGGGCCAGCCUGGGGAGCGGAAGAGCUGCCUGGAGCCUGUGGGAGGGACAGGUGAAGCAGUGGGCGGCUGAGAUGCUGCUGGCACUGGAGGCACUGCAUGAGCAGGGGGUGCUGUGCAGGGACCUCAACCCACAGAACCUGCUCCUGGACCAGGCAGAAGGUCACAUCCAACUCACGUAUUUUGGCCAGUGGUCAGAAGUGGAGCCCCAGUGCAGCCAGGAAGCUGUGGACUGUCUGUACAGCGCUCCAGAGGUUGGGGGCAUUUCUGAGCUGACCGAAGCCUGUGACUGGUGGAGCUACGGGUCACUUCUGUAUGAAUUGCUCACAGGAAUGGCGCUGUCCCAGAGCCACCCCUCAGGAUUCCAAGCCCACACCCAACUUCAGCUGCCUGAGUGGCUCAGUCGCCCAGCAGCCUCUCUGCUGACUGAGCUGCUGCAGUUCGAUCCCCAGCGGCGCUUAGGUGCCGGAGGUGGUGGCACCAGCAAACUCAAGUCCCACCCCUUUUUCAGUUCUAUCCAGUGGAGCAGGCUAACGGGGUAAGAGGUUGGUAAGUGGACAAAGCAGCCGGCCCAGUUCUCUUGUCUACCAGCUGGGCCAGCCCCUCUCAUCAGUGGACUUCAGGGGAAGAUCGUGGAGCAGCAGCCACUUUUUCUGCUUAUGACCUGCUUGGGCCUCAGACUGAGCACUGCUACAGGCCUGGAGAAGCUGCUGGAAGGGCAGUGAGGUGCACCCUGCUGAACAACCUACACUCAUCAGUCAACAGAUACCUGUUGAACGCACAGCUUGUACCAUGAGCCGGGACCGUCGUGUUUAAAGGGCGCCCUCUGUUGCUCUAGUUCCGAACCGCUCAACACUUGCAGAGCCAACUGAGGAAUCUGGGGACACUGCCAUUUGUCUAACACGCAGGGCAAAUCUGGAGACAUCUCAGGACACUGGACCUCUGGUUCAGUAGCCCCAAACCAGGACUGUCCUGGGUCCACUUUAGUCAUGCAACUACUGGGCUGCUACAACCAGAGGCUGUUCCUAUAGGCGUCUGGGUGCUAGGGAGGUGCUUAGUCUGUAGGGUGAAGUGGGGAGGGGGGCAUAGUAUGAUCCACUCCCCAGUCCUGACCUUAACUUCUGAUUUCUGACUUUGGAGAAUAGAAUUAAGGGGAGGAAGCCAGUGGGGUUAAGAGAGGGAUUAGAAUGCAGUUGUACCACUUAGACAGUUUGGAAACAGAAUAAAGUGCUUUAUUCUCUGGCUGGCU